GACGUGGAGGUUACCUCGGACCCUGCUGACAUAUGAGAUCCUUAUCCUGUUGGCAGUGAGGGGUGGCGUUCAUCUCUUCAUCCACUUUCACUGACGCUUAGGGGGGUCCUUUAGGCAUUAAGAGGGUAAUUUGUUAAGGUGAAACCUCAGAAGCAUUAUUGAGCUUGUGAGGCUAAUGAUAUUGGGCAACUUUCUGGGGCAAAUUGAGAAGGAACUGCUCGUGUCGACUCCUAAACAGUAGAUGGCGCUGUGCGGCUGAUAUUAAGUCAGCUAUAUGACCGCGCCAUACUUUAAAUGCUAUGGCGGAGUGUUCAGAGGAAACAAUAAAAAUACCCUUCGCGGAGAAGUGGCUGGACGCUGUGAUAACUGUCCCCGAUAAGGUUGCGGAUGUGCGGACCGUGCUGGUCCUCACCCACGGGGCUGGCGGAGACAUGAACUUCAGGCACCUGGUGUCGUUGGCGCAGGCCGUGGCAGCGUGUGGGGACCUCUGUGUGCGGUUCACCUGUAAAAGCCUGAAUCUGACGUACAGAGUGAAAGCCUACGGGGCCGUGCUGAAAUAUUUGAAAAGCCACGACAGGUUCACACUGACAAAAUUCUUCCUAGGCGGGCGCUCCAUGGGUGCGCGCGCAGCCGUCUCUCUGGCCAGGCAGCUCAGUGACGAGGGUGACGAGUGUGUGCAGGGCAUGGUGUGUGUGUCCUUCCCCCUCCAUCCCCCAGCUCAGACACACACACACCAGCAGCGCAGCCAGGACCUCCGAGCGCUAUCCCAUCAGCCAGUGCUCUUCAUCUCUGGGACCGCAGACAACAUGUGCAAGAGGAAGCUUCUGGAAGAGCUGGUCGGGGACAUGCGAGCCCCCACAGCUGUGAGAUGGGUGGAGGGGGGCAGCCAUGGACUCACCGUCAGGGGGAGGCCUGAGGAGGCCGUGCUGAAGGAGGUCAACACACACGUCACAGAGUGGAUACACACACACACACACGUCACAGAGUGGAUACACACACACACGUCACAGAGUGGAUACACACACAGAUCUCAGAAUGACAUCACGUCACAGAGUGGAUACACACCCAGGUCUCCGAAUGACAUCAUCACACAUCACAGAGUGGAUACACACACAGGUCUCCGAAUGACAUCAUCACACAUCACAGAGUGGAUACACACACAGGUCUCAGAAUGACAUCACGUCACAGAGUGCAUACACACACACACGUCUCCGAAUGACGUCAACACACACGUCACAGAGUGGGUACACACACACAGGUCUCAGAAUGACAUCACGUCACAGAGUGGAUACACACACAGGUCACAGAGUGGAUACACACACAGGUCUCCAAAUGACAUCAGCACACACACGUCACAGAGUGGAUACACACACAGGUCUCAGAAUGACAUCACGUCACAGAGUGGGUACACACACAGGUCUCAGAAUGACAUCAACACACAGGUCACAGAGUGGAUACACACACAGGUCUCCAAAUGACAUCAGCACACACUUCACAGAGUGGAUGACCGGUCUCAGAAUGACAUCAAAACACACGUCACAGAGUCGUAUCAGCAGGUCAUAGACUAGGUUAGUACUCCACACAAUGAGACACGUGUCUGACUGCUGUGUAAUGAGAAAUACUGCUGAAAUAUGCAAAGGCUGAACCCUGUUAUAUAUUGUUAUUACCUGUAUAUUAGAUGGUGUAAAUAAAGUUUAAAAUGAAUACCCAGCUGUCUAUGACAUAGCAGAACAGUUUGGCAAAUAUAAGUAAUAAAUAUUGUAAUAUUUAAUUCUAUUUAAAUAAACAUUGUAUUGUAUGUGUACGUUCAAGUUAUACCUUUUGUGAACUUAAUAAAGUUUUGAUAAA